AUGUCUCAACAUCCAUCAUCAUCUGGCUCCAAAUCCUCCCAACAUGCAAAGACUUCAUCUAUGGAAUUUGUAGAUGAAGAUGUAAUGAACGUCACUCCUCUGUGCAUGAUACCGGGCGACACCACAGGUACCUCCUCCAAUGCUGGAGACAAGCAAGGUAAUACCUCUGGUAACUCCUCUCUUCCUAAAGACAUGUAUUACACUGAUCGCGCUAUAAGGAGACUGGUUACUAGAAUUCUGAGUGAAGGACAUAAAGUUGAAGGGGUCUCUACCCCUUUGUCCAGAAGGGAACCCUCUCCUGAGGAAGAACCCCAUGCUGAUAAAGAUGAUGAUUCAUCUAGAUCAGAAAAAGAGGUGGCUGCUGAAGGGCUUUGCUCUCUAGGUAAAACCCUACCUAGCAAGAAACAAAAUGUGCCUCAAGAAAAUAUUAUUGAUCUAGAGGAAGAAAGCACUGAAGGAGAGGAUGAGCCUUUGGUUCAUCUGGUUAAACCUAGCGUAGCUGAGAAACUGAGAACUAAGAAAGGGAAAAGUAUGGCUAAAAUGAGAGCUGCUAAAGUGAAAAAGACUGCAGGAAUAGGACCCUCAAAACCCUGGAGCAAGGUUGAGGUUGGGAAAAGAAAAGAAAGAGACAACUCUGACUCUGAGGAGGAUGUUAAAGACGAUAGAAGAGUAGCCAUUGAAAGAGAACUUGGACAAGAAGCUGUAGAGGUAAAGGAGGUUAUUGAGCUGAUAAAAAAUGCUGGACUCAUGAAGACUGUGGUAACUCUACCCCAAUGCUAUGAGGGGUUGGUUAAAGAGUUUAUUGUUAAUAUCCCUGAGGAUAUUCAUGAUAAGAACAGCAGGGAGUUUUGCAAGUUACCUAUUGCAUUCCCUUCCCUUAUGUGUGGCAUUAUCCUUAGCCAACAACCAGACAUACUCAAUACUAAUGACAUGCCAAGCAGGAGAAAAACCCCUCUAUCCAUUAAUUAUAAGCUAUUUGAGGGAAGUCAUAUAAAUGAUGUUGUUAUGACAUCAGUCAGAAGAGAGCCUACAUCUCAAGGAAGCCUAAUUGAUCAAUUGAAAGAUACCUACAAGGAAUUGGAGAAGGGUAUGAAGGUGGCAAAGGCAAGAAAAGAAGCUUUGGAAGCUCUUAUUUAUAACCUGGAAAAAGAAGAGUUAGAAAAGGAUGGAAAAGCAUAA